UGAAUACCGGCCUAUGAAUACCGGCCUAUAUAUUUUCAAUGCUGGCAGUAAACUGGCAGUUCGGCAAUUUCGGAACAUGGCGGGUCAUUUUAUUCUUGCAUCAGCUCGCAUACCUGUGAUUCCUUGAACAGAUUGAAGAUUGUAGCAUAAUUAGAUGCACGUGUGACGCCGUCGAAAAGCAUGAGGAACUUGGCGGUUCAUCAGCUACGACGCCGGAGCGUCGAAUUUAUAAAAGAUAAUGCUGAGGAAAAUGUUCAUGAACCUGAGCAAUGUAUACAUUGUGCGAUCGAUCCAAACGAUCUCAGUGUAUACGUUUUAUUUAAUAAUCGAAUCUAUAUAAUAUCAAUGGAGGAUAACAGUAAUAUUACUAAUAUUAUAAAUUUACCCGGAUAUGAAAACUCCAAGGUUGUUGGAUUUGAAUAUUGCAUUACGAUGCAGGAGUUGUAUUGCGCAUAUGAAUCUGGUGCUAUUGUCAGAUUGGAUAUAUCAGAUCGAGUCAGUUUUAUACAAAAAGUAACCACAUUUGACGAUUACUUAGAGUGUAUGAAACUUAGUCCAGAUAAUGAGAUCAUUACAGUUGUAACACGUAAAGGAAUUGUGAUCACUAUGGUAUCUGAUUUUCAAGUAUUAUCAGAGGUAGAUUUAUAUGCAAAAGACUUUGGAGAGAAGCAAUUUGUUACUGUUGGUUGGGGCAAAAAAGAGACUCAGUUUCAUGGUUCCGUAGGAAAAGCAGCAGCUAAAGCUAAAGCAGAAGAACUGAAUGCAAACGAAUUGGAUGACGGUCGUCCUCGAAUCACUUGGCGCGGGGACGGUUCUCUAUUUGCCAUCAGUUUCCUGCAUAUCCAAACGAAAAUUCGACAGUUUAAAGUAUUCGAUCGAGAGGGUACCUUAUGCUACACUAGCGAACCAACUAACGGAUUGGAAGAAUGCUUGGCUUGGCAUCCAUUGGGAAAUCUAAUUGCCACAACCCAAAGAUUGGCCAAUAAACAUGUAGUUGCACUAUUUGAAAAAAAUGGCCUUAAAUACACGGAUUUUCCGCUUUCGUUUGCACCAGGAGAAGUAAAGGUGAAAGAUUUACUUUGGUCACCAAAUUCAGAUGUUCUAGCUGUUAUUUGCGAAGGAAUGUCCAAUCAUACGAUACUGCAAUUAUGGACAGAGAAUAAUUGUCAUUGGUACCUCAAACAGACCAUUGUUUUCUCUACAGACAACCCACUGAUAUAUGCAACAUGGAGCACUACAGGAAGAUACGAUCAAAAAGAACUAAUUCUUCUGACAUUGAAAGAAAUUAUGUUUUGCUCUUUUAAUUGGUGCGUGAAUCAUAGUCGAGGCAAAACUGUAGACGACAAUACCGUGAUUGCCGUUAUUGAUGGAAAAAAAACGCUAGUUACUGGUUUCAGAGACGGAAUUGUCCCACCGCCAAUGGCACAUCAAUCUUUACAGAUUCAAGAAUCAGUAAAUGCUAUUGCCUUUGCUCCUAGCAUCAAUGAUAAUACAUCUUUGAUAAACAGUAAUAUGUUCUGCACUAUAUCGUGUGAUAACAGAUUGACGCUUUUCAAACAAAUAACAGAUUCUUCUUCAAUAGAAUACGAAGCUUUCCAGUCAUACGAUAUUGAUUGUUUAAUUUCAGACAUAACAGAAAUUGAUAAAUGUGUGUAUGCCACACAUCAUUUCUUAUGGCUUGCAGAAGAUGUUAUAUUGUUUUCUAUAACUAUGGAUAAACAUAAUUUCUUGUGCGUUUUGUCUCUAGAUGAAAUACAUUCUAAAGAAAAUGAUAUUUUACUGAGGCGGAAAUUUUAUGCCGUAGAUAAUUCGAUAGAAUAUAUCAUUCCUUCUCCCGAUGCAGAUACGGCUUACAUAGUAGUAGAUCGGACUGUAUUCAAAUAUAUCAAAAAUGUAGAAGAACUUAUUCCAACAGAUGUACUCUUAAGAGAGCUAUGUUAUCAAGUGGAAGUUAUAAAAAUUGACUCAAAAGAUGUUAUCAUUGCUCUGUCUUGCACAAAUUGUUUCUCGAUUGAUGGAAAGGAAAUUGCUAAGAACAUUACAAGUUUUUAUGUACAUUCCGAUUUCUUGCUUCUCACAACACAGCAACACACAUUGAUUUGUGUUCCCUUAAACAAGAGUGGCAUAGAACAGUUAAGUAAACAUGAUUUAACUGUUAAGCCUUGGGAAAAUGGCAGUAACGAGAUAUCUUUUACAGAUAUCUAUAUCAGACGAGUGGAGAAAGAUUCUUAUAUAAUAGCAGCGCUACCUCAAGAUUCAAAGACAAUUUUGCAGAUGCCGAGAGGAAAUUUAGAAUGUAUAGAACCAAGGGCAUUAUCAUUACAUAUAUUAAAAUCUCAUCUCGACAACUGUAAUUAUCGAACAGCGUUUGAUAUAAUGAGGAAACAGCGUAUAAACUUGAAUUUAAUGUACGAUCACGAUCCGAGAUUAUUUAUGGAUAACGCAGAAAAGUUUGUAGAAGAAAUUGCGAAACCAGAUUGGUUAAGCCUGUUUCUAUCAGAAUUGCAAAAUGAAGACGUUACUAACACGAUGUACGCGAAUUGUUAUCCGAACCGUUCUGUACGAUCAAACGCAACAUCGGGGAAUAACGAAACCACAGUUAACAAAGUAAACGAGAUUUGUAAAUUAUUGAGAGAUAUUAUGGAGAGACGACAUAAUGCGAUUAAUUUGAUACAACCAAUAUUGGUGAGCUUAGUGAAAAAUCAUGAAAAACAAGGAUUAGAAAAAGCACUUGGUAAAGUGAAACAAGUCAAGAUUCUGGAGGAUUCACAAAAGUCAACACAAUUUCCUUCUCCCACAUCUGCCGAAGAUGCACUGAAAUAUUUGUUACAUUUUGUAAAUAUCGAUAUUUUAUACGAUACCGCAUUAGGUAUGUAUGAUUUCGAAAUGACAAUGUUUGUAGCCUCUAAAUCAUCGAAAGAUCCCAAGGAAUAUAUUCCAUUUUUAAAUAGUUUAAGAAAACUAAAUGACGAUUAUAUGAAGUAUUCCAUUGAUAUGCACCUUAAGCGUUAUGAAUCAGCUCUCGAACAUAUAUCCAGAGAUUCGUCUAAAUUUGAGGAAUGCUUUAAUUUAGUACAUAAUCAGAAACUAUACUUAAAAGCAAUGAAAUUGUUUAAGAAAGGUAGUAUGGAGUAUAAAAAGAUUGCUAGAGCUUAUGGAGAAUUUUUACUGAGCAAAACAAAAUAUCAAGAAGCCGGUAUGAUGUUUUAUAAAAGUGGCGAUCUCGAUAGAGCUUUAAAAGCAUUUAGUACAUUAGGUGACAGUUGGCAGGAUGCAAUCGCGGUAUCGAGAGAAAUGAAAUUAAGUUCUAGAGAUUUACAUGAUCUUUAUGAACUAUUAGUAAAGCGUUUAAAAGCAGAGCGAAAUUUUGAGGCUGCAGCUACAAUACUAAAAGAUUACUUAAAUGAUGUUGAUGAAGCUGUUGCAUUAUUGUGCGAGGGAAAAAUUUGGAAACGUGCCAUAAGAACAACAUAUGAUGUACAACGUCUAAAUCUACGUGAGACACACAUUAUACCUGCAGUGAUGGAACACGCAGAGCAUGUAAUGUUGCAAUUGGAUAAAUGUAAGGAGGAUUUUCUCAGACAUAAGUCACGUCUUGCAUUAAUAAGAACAGAAAUAAAUGCGAGACAAACACGACCGUUUGACGAAUCGACUUGUCAUGACGAAUCGGUAUUCGGCAAAGAAAUUAUAGAUUCCCUUAGUGAAACAAGUAGCAUUGCGGGUUCUGUUUCAAGUAAAAAAUCACGGACUUCUAUAGCUUCCAGAAGAAGCUACCGAUCAAAUAAAAAUCGUAGAAAACAAGAGAGGAAACUUUUAAGUUUAAAGGAGGGCAGUAAAUUUGAAGAUUUAGGUUUAAUACACGUCCUUUACCAGAUUAUUACUACUGUGUAUAAAAAUAAAGACGAAUGGUUUCAACUUAUCCAGGUAUUGGUACGUUUCGAAUUGGAUGAAUGCGCGGAAAAACUCGACAUUGAAAUAAAAAAUUUGCUUCAAUUGAUAGAGAAUAGUAAAUCAGAAAUUUGGGACAAAUCAGCCCCUACGAGUUUAGCCGAAAUUGAAAAAAUGACAAUUUAUACACCGGCACAAAUUCAAGAAAUUACUGCGCCUAUUAAAUUAGUGGAACGAUAUAUAACGCAUCCGCCUGAAACUGAUGCAACAUCUUGUGUUCUAAGUAUUUUUUAAACAUUUUUAUCAAAUAUGUAUUUAAAC